UCAUGCUUUAUAUCAUUAAGAUACCCGCACCCAUCUUGGCCAUGAUGUUCCUUAAUACCCUUCUUGCACGUGCUACCACUGUUCCAACACUUCUCUAUCGUACUCCACCCAACGAGUGCACUGAGUACCUGUGCCAGUUGGUCUAUAUAGGUCCGUACCACUGCAGUACCACUAUGGUAGUACUAUGUCAGGACCCCGAACAUCCAUCACUUCUUGACUAAGUGAGUUUCUAAACAUCAAUGGAAC